GGUUCUGUGAUCGGACUCGUUAUUCCAAAUAAAAGGGAUAUCACUCUAAAAACCCGCGAAAUAUGGAGGGUGGGCGAAGAUUUUACAAUUACAGGAAUACCAUAUUGACAAAAUAUAUAAAGGUGAAUGAUAAAAAAGCAAUACAAGUAGAGAUCCAGAGAAGUGCUAGCGAUUCAUCCCUCAAGAAAACAAGUGCAAAAAGAGUGGAAAGGAAACAUUUGAAAGAAAUUGAAAGUUUGCUAAAAGAUGUUAUCAUACAUCAAAUAGAAAAUGAAGAUAGGAAAAGUAAGAAACAUUUGACAGAGUGUAAAAUCUUAACAGGUGAAAUUGUCAGACUUGGAUACACUUUCAAGAAGAAAGCAGAAAAUCAGAUUCUCCUUCUGUCUGAUGAGAGUGAUGAAGAUGAAUUCUAUGCGCACUCCCUUAAGAUCUACAGUGAGAAGUUGGUGGUGUUUUACUAUCCGUUGGAUCAGGAGGAUAGUCCAGGCUCCACUAAAGCCAUGUCACAGAUGGUGAGAGCACUGAAUAGUGGAAACUUGUCUCAGUCACAAACAGGGACUGUCAGCAUUAGUAGCUACUUCCAGAAGAGUAUUUCCUCCACAUCUAAAAAUAAGACAGAAAGUUCUACUGGAAAGACAAAGACUACAGGGUCCAUGGAUGACAAGUGUGAGGAAAGUGAAGAAACUGAAGCAGGAGAUCAGUCAGAAAGCUCACAUCAUGAUGAAGAGAAACAUCGGGCCAUAAAGAAUAUGAUAAAACGCAGUGCUCCUGCCCUCUCUAGAAGAACAAAGCAUAGGAAAGUCGUGGCAACUAACUCGAGACUCCAAGAUGCAUAUAACUUUGAGGAUUCCAGUGACAGCACCAAGCACAGAAAGACAUGUAAAUCUAGCAUGGUUAAAGACAAUGGUUUUGAUGGAAGUGGUUUAAGUCUUGAUUCAAUAUUGACCUCAGAGGAUGGUGAUCUUCAUCCCUGCCAGGAGAAAGGUUCACCGUCCAAGAUACUUGCUGACAGUGCCCCCAGAGACUGUGCUCGCAUGGAUCUGGACUUUUCCUCCUCUCGCAGUUCUUCAGAGCAGAGCUUAGUAAAUUGUGAAAGGAAUGAUAGAAUGGAGUCCACUUUGUCUGUGAAGUCUACAAAGACAUUAGGUUCAUGUGUUGUUAGUGUUGAUUCUGACGAUAGUUCAUGUGCAGUUGAUAGUGGUUUCUUUAAACAAAAUGUUUGUAGAAGCAACAAAGGUGAAGUUGAUUUUUCUGAGUCAGCAAAUUCUAGUAGUAAUGCUUAUAUACAGAAAACGGAGGUCUCUUUUGAGUACAAUGUAAAAUUUGGGGAAGAGAAAAGUGAGAAUGAUUCUCUCAGCAUGACGAGGCCAGGUUCUGAUUCAGAUCUACCAGAUUUUAGCUUCUUGAAAAGGAAAACAAGAGCAUCUUGUUUAAACCAAGUUGAAGAAAAGGACUAUGGAGAAUUGCAGAAAAACCAAGACCAAUUUGAUACAUGUAUUAUGAUACAGGGGCCAGAAAUUGGGCCUGCCCGGCUUUCAGCUGGUGAGGUAACAAGGUCACAAAAACGACCUUUCAGUACCGUGAGUGCCUCUGAUGAAGAUUCAUUGCCUAAAGAUCAAGAUGAAAAGAGGUUAAAGUUGAAAAGGCCAAGAGUGAAACAGAUUCUUCCUGAAAUUUCUGAUUACCAACUAGAGAUUAGUCAGUUUCAGAAAAGUGCACAGAAAAACUCAUUAAAAGAUAUUCAAGCGAAUGAUUUGGAUCCACUGCCAGAAUUAUCUUCUAGAAACAGAAGAAAUGAUAAAAGUGAAAAAACUUCAUCUAAAGAAAUUCCAUUAAAUGAUUUGGAUCCAUUACCAGUUUUAUCUUCUAGUCGAAACAGAAAAAACGAGAAAGGCAAUAAAUGCAUUGAAACAGACUCGGUGAAUAUUGAUCCAGUAACUUCCGAUUGCAGGAAAAUUGAAUUAUUUAAAAGACCACAAAAUAAAUCUGUCGAAAAAAACAAUGAACCAAGAGUGUUCUCGUUCAAGAAGGCAUCAAGCUCCAACAAGGUGAAGAGACAGUCCAUCUUAAACUUUUUAUCUCUCAGUGAACAGGAGGAAUUAUCUGGAGACACAGCUGGGGUGGAGGAGGAUUUCAGAGAUUCCGACAGUCUGGAAAGUGUCAUCAUAGACGGACUAGAUGAUCUUAAAGAGCCAAAGUUCAAAGAUGGUGAAUCAGAAGCCAUUGAAGUAGAAAUCAAUAGUUUGGGCAAAGUGGAUGAGCUAAAUGAGCAGCACUUACAUUAUCUGUUGAUGAAACACAAAGUCUACCUCCAGGACAUUUUUUCAGGAAAGGUUUCCUCUGAGAGACAUGAUGUUUAUAAAAAGGGAGGAAAACCUAGAAAGGAUUUAAAUCAUCAUGUUCAUCUGGGUUUGUUUACUGAAGAACAGUUGGAUGUGGUCAUGGAAACUCUUAUGUCAAUAUUUUGCAAGAAACAUCACAAGUAUCUUGAGUAUAUAAUGAAAGUCUUGCUUCCGGAGGCUCUCAUCAAAAUCUACAUGAACUUUCACAAGAUGUCCCACAAAGAGGCAGAAGACGACAUGUUGGAGGCAGUCAGAACUCCAGGAGGAAUCCAUAUCUAACAUAUUUUAUACAUACAUGUGGUUUACAAAAUAUGCUGAGAGGUUUGGGUCCUUUUUGUUUUGAAUUUGUUUUAGCUCACCUGAGCAAAUGGCUCAAGUGAGUAUAAGAGAAAAGGGGUUUACAUUAUUUUAUGAUUGACAUGGUGCUAUAUUUCAUGCUAGUUUAUUUAUUUAAACUAUUCAGGACAAAAUUGUUGUCUUUUUUCGUCAUCUAGUCACAAGUAAGCUGAAUGAACAGUUUUUUAUGUCUUAUUAUUUAUUGGAAUUAACUUGUGUAAAAUUGAAAGUAUUAAACUAAAUGAACAUUGAGGGACUAUGAAAUACAGUUCAAUAAAAAUUCAUGUACUUGUAUGUAUAAGUAAUUUAUUUUUUUGAAAAUUAGAAAAAUGAACUUAGAUGCAUUACAAAUAUAUUUGCAGAUAUAAAUACAUGUACUUGUGUAUAAAUGAAUAAUUUAUUUUUUGAAAGUUAAAAAAAUGAUUAUUUAGGGACUUUUAGAUACAGUUAUUGUACACUUGCAGGUAUAAAUACAUGUACCUGGUAUGUAUGAAUUAUUUUACAUCAUUCUGUAGAUGUAUGAUUUUACAACACUUGUCAGUGACCAUUGUGUCAAAAGGAAAAAAUAAAUAGGUUAUAAACUUU